AUGAAUAUCUUCAGGCUACUGGCGGAUUUUUCCCAUCUCGCAUCCAUAUUCUUCCUCCUUCAUAAGAUGAAAUCCUCAAGCAGCUGUUCUGGGUUGUCGUUUAAAUCACAAGUUCUCUAUUUGCUGGUAUUCGUGACCCGCUAUCUUGAUUUGUUUUGGGCCUUCACCGAUUCUCUAUACAAUACAACAUUCAAGAUUCUUUUCAUUGGCUCAUCAGCUUAUGUGAUUUACCUCAUGCUCAACGAUUACAAGCCUACCCACGACCCAAAUAUAGACACCUUUAAAGUGCAAUACUUGCUAGCUGCCAGCGCCGUUCUGGCUUUCCUCUUCCCUCAUGACUAUAGUAUUUCGGAGAUUCUCUGGACCUUUUCUAUUUGGCUUGAGUCCGUCGCUAUUCUUCCUCAACUUUUCAUGCUUCAGCGUACUGGCGAGGCGGAAACCAUCACCACACAUUACCUAUUUGCCUUGGGUCUGUAUCGAGCUCUUUAUAUUCCUAACUGGAUUUAUCGAUACCUUGGAGAAGGCCACUUUCAACCUAUACCUGUCAUAGCAGGCAUUAUUCAAACACUCCUGUACUCGGAUUUUUUCUAUAUCUACUAUACCAAGGUCAUGAAGGGCAAAAGGUUUUCGCUUCCAGUUUGA